AUGCCACAGGUCUUUGGCAGCUGGGUGCUGGGCGGUGUGGCCUGCAAGGCCGUCGUGUACCUACAGAUCGUGACCCUGGCCUCGACCACGUUCAUCCUGACCUCGAUGAGCUACGACCGGUACAUGGCCAUCUGCAAGCCCCUCGAGUCCAGGUCGGGCCUCAGGCGGGCCCGCUGCAUGGUCGCCGCCUCCUGGGUCAUGGCCUUCGUCUUUGCCACUCCACAGCUCUUCAUCUUCGUCCAGGUUCAGACGGGCGUGACGGCGUCCGGUCGGCCCCACCUGGAGUGCCUGAGCGUGGGCUACACGCACCACUGGCAGCGGCAGCUCUACUUCAGCUGGCUCACGCUCUAUAUCCUGGUCGUGCCGGGCCUGCUCAUCUCCGCCUUCUACCUGAGCCUGCUGAGGGCCGUGUCGGCGGCAUCCGACGCCAUCGCGGUCACGCCGGCUAAGGACAGUGGCAACGGAGCAACGACGCUACGGCGCUGUACCCGGGCAGAGCCCUUACUGUCGCGUGCGCGAGCCAAGACGCUCAAGCUCACGGUCUGCAUCAUCGCCAGCUUCGUCGUCUGCUGGAUCCCGUACUUCGCCGUCCACAAUGUCCGCAUCCACAGUCACUACUGCAUCAAGGUCCCCCGGGCGGUCAUCGUGUUCGCCGAGACGCUGGCCCUGCUCAAUAGCGCCGUCAACCCGGUCUUCUACGGCCUCUUCAACGCCCACAUCCGUCGCGGACUCCGGGACAUCAUUCGAGCGUGCAGAAGACGCAGCGACCUUGGGCCUGAGCGCGAGUCCACGAUGCGCAAGGGAGGCAACGCCUUCACCACCUCAACGUAUGCUCCCGAAGCGUCCUCGGGCGACUGCUUUCCCGGACAGCCCUUGAAGACUAUAGGCUCCAUUGGUGCGGGAAAGUUGAUCACCAACGGGGACAUAGCUGUGGUCUGAAAGUAUAGCUCACAAGGACGCCAUUGGGAUGGUGCCUUAUCAACCGGUAUCGUCACAAUCACGUGCAGUGCUGUCGGGAUGAAUUUCAAGACGUGUGCCAACUGUUUUUGUGUCGUGAAUUGUGCUCAUGACAUUCAACAAGCCGGAUCUGGAACAUACCUGCGUUGGUUGGAUUUUCGGCCCUUCCGUGGAUGGGUUCAAACUGACUUUUGAUCUAAGACCAAGGCGGGCUUUGGUAAUACU